CACAACACGUUAAAUGGAGGGCAGGAAGUGAAUUUUUACAAACUGCAAGCUGACUGCAAGCACUAUCGCAAACUCUCAAAAAAUGCCUAUGUUUUGCGUCGUUAACGGUUGCACAAAUCGAUCAGACCAACAAACCCAGAUGGGAUAUCAUCGAGUACCUAAAGUUGUUGUCAAUAAGGGGGAAGAAUGCAAGAAAUUGACCGAAAUACGUCGGAAGAAAUGGCUAGAGAACCUUCCUCCGUCGGCAGGAACGCUUCAUUCUCGUGUGUGCAGUGACCACUUCGUCGGAGGCUGCCCUAGUGCUUUAUACGACGUCGAGGCUGUAGACUGGGUUCCUACACUUAACCUCCAUACUCAGAAAGAAAACUCUGUGGACUUCAGUUUGACUGUCGCAGACCAUGCUGGCACCUCGAGUUCUGCACAUCCCCCUGACCCCAAGGGCUCCUCAGUGCAUACAGAGUGUGAUGACCCUUUACUACAUGAACAUGAUUAUUGCAAGACGGCCGGCACAAAAGAUGUGGAGGAUGAGACCGUUCAGUGUGAUGAGAUUGGGUACGUCAUUCUUCAAAAAGACCAGGAUACUUUGGUCAACACUGGUAUAAGUCUGAAAGUAUUUAACAUCCUUGUGUCAACGCUGAAAGGGCAUGCUAGCACGUCUUUCCCAAUGUCUGUGCGAGAUCAAGUUCUCAUGACACUUAUGAAAUUGAAGACCAACCGUGUGAUAGGUGAUCUGAGCAAACAGUUUUGUAUAUCGCAGAGCGUGGCUAGCAGUAUAAUCUCAUAUUGGAUUGACAAACUGGAGGAAGUUUUGCACCCUCUAGUUCCAUGGCUUCCAAAAGAGACUAUUCGAGCAACCAUGCCUGAAACAUUUCAGAAGACAUUUCCUAAUACAACAUGUAUCAUACGCUGCAGUGAGUGCCUUUUACAAAAAACCCAAACCCUCAGUUCAAGGGGGGAAUCGUACAGCCUUUAUUAUGACAGAGUGAAAUAUCUGGUUGCUGUUGCCCCUUGUGGCCUAAUCAUGUUCAUCUCUGCAGCUUAUGGAUGCAGAUGCAGUGACAGAUGUAUAACCUUGGACUCAGGAAUAUUAGACCACUUAAUGCCUGGAGAUGAGGUCAUGGUAGAUGAAGGCUCUGGCAUUAAAGAUUUACCAUCAGGGAAAGAGAUAAAAUUAAUAAUGCCCAGUUUCACAGCACCAGAGUGCCCUACACACACUACUGCAGAUCUAAGAUUUAAUGUUGAAAGAGCUCUCAGACGUUUAAAACUUUACAAAAUACUAUCGCGGAUUGUUUCGGAUACCAUGGCUCUUAAAAUAAACAAGAUUCUAAGAAUAUGUUCUGCUCUUGUCAAUUUAAGGGAGGAUGUCAUCCGUGAGCCACACUAAUUUAGCAUGUAAUUCAUGAGUGGACUGUAUUUACAUGGCCAAGAACAUUAUACAGGACCACCAAAAGAAAUGGUGCAGUGAUAACUUUAAAAUCUAUAAUGGUUGAAAAAAAUGAUGGGAACAAAACUUUCAGGGGGUUGUGGAUUUUAUGUAAAUGAGGUAUGAUGAAAGCAGUGCAAAUAUAUGUAAAUAUAUAUAUUUUUUUAUUUCUUGUUUUUAUCUCUUGGAAAUUCUUUUUUCAUUUGGAUAUUUUAAAAAAUGUGUCCAUUUGUAAAUUGGUGGCAAGCAUAUACAGUUGUCCUUAACUUCAAUGUUUCAUCCCACCAGUGCAUUUUCUUAUGUUAUUGUAUAUUUCUUCUUUUAUUAUAUGCACAAUUGAAGAAUUAAAGAGCUGUAUGUCUUUGCAUGUUUGUUCUGUUGUACAGAAUUUCAAUGCACUUUGGGCCAUCACUUUAUAAAAAAAGCCACCUUUCAUAUUUACAUUACAUUAUUACACUAUAUUACAUUUGUUUAACUUGUUUUGUUUGUGACAUUGCCUUGAUAGGUAGAGAAUAUGUAAAUGCUGUUGUAACAUUUAAUGUCAUCAGCUUUUUAAAGUAUAACUAACAUGUUAUGUGAAUCUUUUUGACUUUUAAUUUGCAUUAACCUGUAGCAAACAUGUUGCAUAGGUUUUUAUUCUUAGAACAGAAAUUAAACAACUGAUCCUCAAA